AUGUCGCGGAGCUCGCAGGGCGGGCGACCCGGCAGGUCCCCGCUGCCCCGCGGGGCCAGCCCCGGGCCCGCCGCCGCCCCGCUGCCGCCGCCCCCGCUGCCCCUGCAGCCCCCCUUCGGCCCCGGCGGGGCCAGCCCGGGCCCCAGCGGGCCGGCAGAGCUCAAGCCGGUUCGGCGCUUCAUUCCGGACUCGUGGAAGAACUUCUUCAAAGGGAGACGCCAUCCCGGCUCCAGCUGGGAUAGCACGGCCUCCGACAUCAGGUACAUCUCGGACGGGGUCGAGUGCUCCCCGCCUGCCUCUCCCGCCCCGCUGCAACCGGGGACCAGGACGGUGCCCGGCUCCUACACCGACCCAUUCGGAGGGUCGGGCGGGAGCUACAACUCUCGGAAGGAGGCCGAGGCCAUGCUGCCCUCCGGAGAGCCCUCGGGCUCGCUGGAUCGCCGCGGCGGCACUGGGCAGACUUACAGCGAGCGAGUGGAGGAGUACCACCUGCGGUACGCCUACAUGAAGUCCUGGGCAGGGCUGCUCAGGAUCCUCGGCGUGGCCGAGCUGCUGCUUGGCGCCGCCGUGUUCGCCUGUGUCACCGCCUACGUACACAAGGACAACGAGUGGUACAACAUGUUCGGGUACUCGCAGCCCUACGGAUACGGGGCGGGCAGCGCCUACGGAGGAUACUCCUACAGCGGGCCCAAAACGCCUUUCAUCCUUGUGGUGGCGGGAAUGGCGUGGAUCGUCACCAUAGUGCUGCUCGUGCUGGGCAUGUCCAUGUACUACCGAACUAUCCUCCUCGAUUCCAACUGGUGGCCUCUGACCGAGUUUGGGAUCAAUGUGGCCUUGUUCAUCCUGUACAUGUCGGCUGCCAUAGUAUAUGUAAACGAUACCAACCGAGGUGGGCUCUGCUAUUACCAGUUGUUUAAGACACCGAUAAAUGCGGCUUUUUGCCGUGUGGAGGGCGGUCAGACUGCGGCGAUCAUCUUCUUGUUUGUCACGGUGAUCCUCUAUCUAAUUAGUGCGGUGGUUUGCCUAAAGUUGUGGAGGCACGAAGGGGCCAGGAGGCACAGGGAAUUAAUGGAACAGGAGAUGAAAACGCAAUCCUCUUUUCCAGAAAAGAAGUAUGAAGGUGAUGACAGACCAAGGGAAGAAGUCAGUUACAGGCAGCUAAAAUCACUGGAAAGAAAACCAGAGCUACUUAAUGGUCAUAUACCUGCAGGCCACAUUCCUAAACCUAUAGUGAUGCCAGACUACUUAGCGAAAUACCCUGUAAUUCAAACAAAUGAAAUGAGAGACCGGUACAAAGCAGUAUUCAAUGAUCAGUUUGCUGAGUAUAAAGAACUGUCUAUGGAAGUUAAUGCUGUAUUAAGAAAGUUUGAUGAGCUGGACGCAUUGCUGAAACAGCUUCCACACCAUCCUGAAAGCAUAUAUGAACAGGAAAGGAUAUUAAAAGUUCUGCAGGAAUACAAGAAGAAGAAAAACGAUCCUGCAUUUCUGGAGAAAAAGGAGCGUUGUGAAUAUCUGAAGAAUAAGCUUUCUCACAUAAAACAACGAAUUCAGGACUAUGAUAAAGUUAUGAAUUGGAAUGUAGAAACCUAG